AUGAAGACGGCAGGAUUCCGGGUCGCGUCGAGCACAAAGGGCGAGAAGCUCAGGUUCGACUUCAACGUCGCCUGGAAUGGCUGUUUGAAGGAUGAGGAUUACAAACGCGCAGACAGAUACCAGCGAAUCAAUCACUUUCCCGCCACCUGGGAGCUGGGCAGGAAGGACAGGCUGGGGCGGAACCUGAUCAAGGCGCGGCGUCGCGGGCCAGAGUUUUUUGACAUUCAACCAAAAUCGUUCCUGCUCCCCGCAGACAAGGACGACUGGCGAUUGGAGUGCACUUACAAUCCGGACGGUAUGUACAUCCUCAAGCCCCCGGCAUCUUCGAGGGGCAGGGGAAUCAGGAUGUACAAGGGGCCCAAGGACAUCAAGCCCGAGAAGAAUGUCCUCAUUCAGCGUUACAUUCGCAACCCUCACCUCAUCAAUGGGUACAAGUACGACAUUCGAGUCUACGUGGCAUUGACGAGUUUGGACCCGCUACGGGUGUACGUGUACAAGGAAGGACUCGUUAGACUUGCCACAGAAAAGUACACUGAAGACGGUGAGGAUCUUAAGAGGCGGUGCAUGCAUCUGACCAAUUACACAAUUAAUUCAAAACGCGAAGGGUUUACCAUGGGCGAAAGCGCGACGGAGGACAACGUCGGGUUCAAGUGGAGCCUCUCCGCAUUGCGACGACAUUUCGAAGAGCAAGGGCUUGACUACGGCAAUGUCUGGUCGCAGAUCAAGGCUAUCGUGACGAAAACGAUGAUGGCAGUGGAGGGUCCGAUGAACACCAAGUUCAAGAUGCUGGUGCAACACCGCCGAACAUGCUUCGAGGUGUUUGGGUUUGACAUCAUGUUGGACUCGAAGCUUCGGGCAUGGCUUAUCGAGGUCAACACAGGGCCGUCUUUGUCCGCGCCAAGUAAGAUGGACCUGCAUAUCAAGCACAAAAUGGUGGCAAACUUGUUUAACCUCGUGGGUAUCGUGCCGUAUGACCGUGCG